UGACGGUUGUCGGGAUUGCGAAUUGCAGAAAUUUUCAGAACGUUCUGUACGCCAUUUUAAGAUUGGAUAACUGUUUAGUAAGCAAUGUGGAAAUUCGAAUAAGAUUUUGAUAUUUGUUGAAUAUUAACUGAAAACUACAACAACAGCUGCUUUGGUAUAUUUUCAGGUUGUCUCUCUCUGAUUCUGAGUUUUUAUAACCUCCGAAAUUGUGCUUACGAGUGUAUCCUGAUAACUUCUGUUAAGCCUAACGGAAGUUCUCUUUCCUUGGACUGUUUUAGCAGUGGUCGUAAGAUUUUAUAUAUUUUUUAAAACUGUUGGUUAUCUAACAUUCCACCAAGUGUGGGAUUUUAUUUAUUGUUUUAUCAAACUGAUGUGCGACGUUCUUGAAAUGUGUAAAACAAAAUUGCAGACUGACGAUCUUUUAGAUAUGAUUUCCAGCAUUGCGCGAAAGAAAUCCAGAGUUCGGGGUAAUCUCCGAGUAGAAGUGUUACUGGAAUCUACUCAUAAAUGGUUGGAUCGGGAGUUGAAGGAGAAACAACAGACUCGGAAACGUAAAUGGGAAGAACUGAAAACAGAUUUAUGGAAAAGAUCCAGGCAUGACGACGACGUGCUGAUGGAAGAUGACACGUGUGAAGAACUUCUAGCAUACCAAAUCUUAUUAAUGUUGGCGACAUUCAUCUGUGAUAAUCAAUGGAACUACUGUGCUGUUUAGAUUUAUUGAAGUGGAUGAAAGAACGUCGACCUCUUCAUGAUCCUGAUAAAUUGGAGGGCAGAAUGUUGGAAAGAGGAGAGAUAAGUUGCCAAGAGUUCGCCGAAAGUUCUAAAGAGCAUUUUCAAGGAAUUCUGCUGUGUAUUACACUUGUAUUCACUUUGAGAUCUGAAAGCCUCUUAGUCUGUCAGCUUUUGCUUCUUCAGAUAUCUGCAGGAUGGUGUCAUAAGAGAGUAGAUGUUUCAGAGGCAGCACAAAGUAACUUUCAACAGUUCGAAAGACCAUUUGAAUCCAUUGUUUGGUAUGUAGAUACGAUGGUUAAAGUCAAGAAAUGGCUCAUUUGCCUUUUGAAUAUGCGGACUGCGUAUAUGGAUAUCAAAGACUAUGUAUAUGGCCUUAAUUGGGUUGAGAAAGUGUUUCUUGUAAUGGCAGUGCAGAUAUUGAAAAAGUUGGAAUUUUUUCAUCUGGAGUCAACAAAUAAAAUUGAUAGUUUGAACUGCUUCAACAGAUUUUUAAACAGAUUACAGGUGGAAGAAAUUACCUUAGAUUCUGUUGACUCAAGAUGAAAUUCUUCCAAUGGAGUAACUUUUAGAGAUCAUUUCUCAGGCAUUUUUCUGAUUUCAUAAAGGUCAGUAUUUAGAGAAAGUUACUUAAACAUUUUUGAAAUAAAAUAAUUAAAGAAUAUCAAGUUAACAAGAUGAAAUAAAUAUUCAUGCAAAGAAAAGAGAAAUAUAUGAAAAGAAAAAAAAAAAAAAAAA